AUCUAACUCUGCUCAAAAUAGUAUUGAUAGUAAUUCACCAAUUCACUACGAUGACAUAGAAAAUAGAGAUAGUUCAUUCGACAUUCCUGUCACCAAAUCCAAUACCAUUAUCUUAGAUGAAAAUGGAAAUCCUGUAUCCGUGGGGUCAAUAAUGGUAAAACAGAGUGGUGAAAAAAGAUUUUGCCAAAAAUGCCAAAACGAUAAACCUGACCGAACACAUCAUU